AUGGCAAUAACAGUCCAUGGCUCCAGCAUCAGACGAGGCUUUACAAAAUCAGCACCUACAUUAUUACGAACGACCGAGCUGGACGGACCCGCUUUAUCCGGCCUCCAAGUCGACCGUGACCGGCUGUGGGACACAAUCCACUCCACAGCACGCUGGACCGAACCCACAGGCGUUGACCCAAGCGACAUCAAACGGGUCGGGCUCAAGCGCCUCACACUCAGCAAAGAAGACAAAGAGGCGCGCGACUGGUUCGUGAGCACGACCGAGUCACUGGGCUGCAGGACGCACGUCGACCAGAUCGGGAACAUCUUCGCGGUGCGCCCUGGUCUGACCAACGAAGCUCCUGCAACGUUCGCAGGAAGCCAUUUGGAUUCGCAGCCUUCUGGGGGCAGGUUCGAUGGGAUUCUGGGCGUCGCUGCGGGGGUGGAGAUGUUGAGGACGUUGAAUGAAAAUUGGAUCGAGACGGAAGGGCCGGUGGGCGUCGUUAAUUGGACUAACGAGGAGGGCGCGAAGUAUCCCGUCAGCAUGAUGGGGAGUGGUGUCUGGUCUGGACGAGUCGGGCUUCAGAAUGCGUGGGAUCUGAAGAGUGUGAGUCCCACUGGACUGGUCACGACCGUGAAGGAGGAGUUGGAAAAGAUCGGGUAUCUGGGCAGUCUACCGGUUGGUCCUAAGGGCAUGCCCAUCGGGGCGCAUUUUGAACUCCAUAUCGAGCAGGGUCCGAAGUUGGAAGCUGCCCACCAAGCCAUCGGCGUUGUGGAGGGAGUCCAGGCGUACAAAUGGUUCACGGCCACCAUCACGGGACGAGAAUCCCACGCUGGGACGACGGAUUUCGAUCACCGCGCCGACGCCCUCUACUCAGCGUCUCUCUUCAUCGCCACUGUACGAGAAGUCGCGAAGAGCGUCGGUGGUCUGUCCACGGUGGGAAUGCUCAGUCUGUCACCAGGCAGCGUCAACACGGUCCCGGGAGAGGUGAAGCUCAGCCUCGACAUCCGGCACCCUUCGGAUUCCGGACUGGCGCAGAUGCUACAUAUGAUCAACGCCUCGUGCCACCAGAUCGCCAGCCUGACCACCGGUGACGGCAGGAAGAGCCAUCUGACCGAGAUCGGCUUCGAGAUGAAGGAGGAUUUCUCCAGUGCUGGUGUCAAAUUCCACCCCGAUGCCAUCCAGUGUGUGGAGCAGGCUGCUGCGGGCGUACUUGGGGGCAAUCAUGAUUUGGUCGAGCGUAAAGUCCGACGUAUGACCAGUGGUGCCGGCCAUGAUAGUGUUGGCACCAAUAUGCAUUGUCCUACCGCGAUGGUCUUCGUGCCGUGUAAAGAUGGUGUUAGUCACAAUCCUGUGGAGUGGUGUGAGCAGGAGGAUUGUGCUGUGGGUGCGAAUGUGUUGAUGCAUUCGGUGCUGAGGAUGGAUAGGCUGAGGAAGGAAAGGGGAGAUUUUGACUAG